UUGGAUGUUUUUAUUAUUGAUGUACAAUGUUGAAAAUAAUAAAAAAUAAAGGGAAAACAACUAAAGGGGAAAGUUGUCUCCAAAGGUUUGAUAGAUAGACAGACAGACAGACAGACAGACAGACAGAUAGAUAGAUAGAUAGAUAGAUAGAUAGAUAGAUAGAUAGAUAGAUAGAUAGAUAGAUAGAGUGUUAUUUAUAAACAAUAAAUUAAUAAUACAUACUUGCAAUUAACUGAAGUCUUAUAAUCAUAUAAGCCAUAUAACCAAUUAUGAGCCCCGUGUUCUUUUCAUAUUACAAUUUCUGGGUAGUAAGUAUAAAAGAUAUCAAUUCUGACUGAAAACUAGAACCCAACUCUCCAAAGGCUGCAGAAAUCCUGAGACCCUGACAUGUUUGCGCUAAAUCCUCCACUGCUCACAUCCGGGCUACGAAACACGAGCAAAGACGUGGAAUGUUAGAUUUUUUUUCCCCUCAGCCGCCGUAAUGAUGAAGUAAAAAGCACCACGAUUGGUGGAUCGCGAGGGACAAGAAACAUAAAACCGGAGGAUUAGCUUUAGCCUUCGGAUUCAAACGGGACACGCUCGAAAAUAAGCAGCUGGAUCCAAAAGCAGCGCGAACAGCAGCUGGCGGCACGGACGUGUUUUCGCUUGCUUCUUGACAUCUGCGAAGAUGCAGAUUCAAAGUACUAGAAAAAAAUGAAAAUACAAAAGAAGGACAAGCAGAUGUCUGCCACGCACAUUUUAAUGCACACUUCAGCAACUUCAGCCAACACUGCCUCAGAGCAGAAUGCACAAACAACUUUUUCCAUAGGCCACUUUGGCAAGGAGCAGAUCCGCAUCAUCGAUGGGCCAUCUAACCACUGUGUGGCUCAUGCAAAGCUCGCCAGCAUGAGGGAGGUAGUCCAAGGAUCUAACAGCUCCAGUCCUCACCUUUCUGGUUCACCUGUCAAUAGUGAGGAGGAUGAUGGAGGAGGUGGGCCCAGGGUGAGGAAAAAACGCAAAAAAAAAGACAAGAAAGACACAAGAGAGGACAGAGAGUGCGACAUUAGACCAAAGAAAAAGAAGGAACAGAAAGAAGGAAAGGGCCUGCUCCUGAAGAAAUCAAAAGCACUGAAGGAGCUAAAAAAGACAAAGAAGGUGGAAGGGAAGGUAGCAAAGGAUGCUAAAAAGGUCAAGAAAGUUCAAGCGGUCAAGUCAAAAACACAGGGAACAGAUGUGACAACCACACCAAGGCAGCGCGGGAGGAAGCCAAAAGAGCAAAGUGUUGUCCCCCUGGAGAAAAGGAAAAAAGGGAAGCGGAAAAGUGAUGCACCACAGGAGGCAGCUGAGAGUGAUGAUACGGCCUCACUUUGUACACUGGCUACAGGAGGCGAAGAGAGCACAGAUCAUAUGGACAACACUAAGAGGAGAUCAGGGCGUCAGGUGAAGCGUAGGAAGUACAAUGAAGAUCUUGAUUUUAAGGUUGUGGAUGAUGAUGGCGAGACCAUUGCUGUUUUGGGAACAGAGAGAAUUCCUGCUCUCUCCUCCUCUACCCUUGCUUGGCAAGCAGAGGAACCUCCUGAAGAUGAAGCCAACAUAAUUGAAAAGAUUCUCUCAGUGCGGACUGCUAAGAAGGAGGUGACAUUCCCUGGAGAACCAGUUGAAGAGUCAGAGGAAUUUUAUGUGAAGUACAGAAAUUUUUCCUAUCUUCACUGUAAAUGGGCAACAUUGGAGGAGCUGGAAAAGGACCCACGCAUUCACCAAAAAAUCAAGCGCUUCAGGAACAAACAUGCACAAAUGAAGCACAUUUUCUCAGAGCUGGAUGAAGACCUCUUUAAUCCAGAUUAUGUUGAAGUAGAUCGGGUUUUAGAGAUUGCAAUCACUACAGACACAGAAACUGGAGAGGAGGUGACGCACUACCUGGUAAAGUGGUGUUCUCUGUCCUAUGAGGAAAGCACUUGGGAACUGCAGGAGGAUGUAGACCCUGUGAAGAUUCGUGAGUUUGAAGAGCUCAAGAAAAUACCAGAACUCACACCUGUUGAGAGGCCUUCACCAGAACAAUGGCAAAAGCUUGAACAGUCUCGUGAAUACAGAAAUGGCAACCAACUCAGAGAAUACCAGCUAGAAGGCAUGAACUGGCUUCUUUUCAACUGGUACAAUAGGAAAAACUGUAUCCUUGCCGAUGAAAUGGGCCUUGGAAAAACCAUCCAGUCCAUAACAUUCCUCUAUGAAAUAUUCCUUAUGGGUUUGAGAGGUCCUUUCCUAAUCAUUGCUCCUCUCUCCACCAUUACAAAUUGGGAGAGAGAGUUUCGCACAUGGACGGAGAUUAAUGUAGUUGUUUAUCAUGGUAGCCAGAUCAGCCGGCAGAUGAUCCUGCAGUAUGAAAUGUAUCACAGAGAUGAACAGGGAAACAUAACGCCUGGUUUUUUUAAGUUUCAUGGUAUAAUCACCACAUUUGAGAUGAUCAUGGCUGAUUGCCCUGAACUGAAAAAGGUUAAUUGGCGCUGUGUGGUGAUUGACGAGGCCCAUCGAUUGAAGAAUCGUAAUUGUAAACUACUGGAAGGACUUAAACUCAUGAACUUGGAGCAUAAAGUUCUCCUUACAGGGACACCACUACAGAACUCUGUGGAGGAACUCUUUAGCCUCCUCAACUUCUUGGAGCCAGUGCAGUUUCCGUCAGAAAGCACAUUCCUCGAGGAGUUCGGAGAUCUAAAAACUGAGGAGCAGGUUAAGAAGCUUCAAGCUAUUUUGAAGCCCAUGAUGUUGAGGAGACUGAAGGAUGAUGUGGAGAAGAAUUUGGCCCCCAAAGAAGAAACAAUCAUUGAGGUGGAACUCACUAAUAUGCAGAAAAAAUAUUAUCGGGCCAUCUUGGAGAAAAACUUUACCUUUCUGGCAAAGGGAGCCAACCAGCACAAUAUGCCCAACCUCAUUAAUACUAUGAUGGAGCUACGCAAGUGCUGCAAUCAUCCAUAUCUCAUCACAGGUGCUGAAGAAAAGAUACUGGAUAGCUUUAGGAAAACCCACAAUCCUGAUGCACCAGAUUUCCAGCUCCAGGCUAUGAUUCAAGCUGCUGGGAAAUUGGUCCUUAUUGACAAGCUGCUGCCCAAACUCAUUGCUGGGGGACAUAAGGUGUUGGUAUUCUCCCAGAUGGUUCGGUGCUUAGAUAUUCUAGAGGACUACCUCAUUCAGAGAAGGUACACAUACGAGCGCAUUGAUGGAAGAGUCAGAGGGAAUCUGCGACAAGCAGCUAUUGAUAGAUUUUGUAAGGUGGACUCUGACCGUUUUGUCUUCCUGCUGUGCACAAGAGCUGGGGGACUGGGCAUCAAUCUUACUGCUGCAGAUACUUGCAUCAUAUUCGACUCUGAUUGGAACCCACAGAAUGACCUGCAGGCUCAAGCUCGCUGUCAUCGGAUUGGCCAGCGCAAAGCUGUGAAGGUUUAUCGUCUUAUUACUCGCAACUCAUACGAGAGGGAGAUGUUCGACAAAGCCAGUCUGAAGCUGGGUCUUGACAAGGCUGUUCUACAGGAUAUCAACCGCAAAGGCAGUCUAAAUGGGGUACAGCAGCUAUCUAAGAUGGAAGUGGAAGAUCUCUUAAGAAAAGGUGCAUAUGGUGCUCUUAUGGACGAAGAAGAUGAAGGCUCAAAGUUCUGCGAAGAAGAUAUUGAUCAGAUUCUGCAACGCCGCACUCAAACCAUCACCAUUCAGACUGAAGGGAAGGGUUCGACUUUUGCUAAGGCCAGCUUUGUUUCUUCUGGAAACCGAACAGACAUCUCUCUUGAUGACCCAAAUUUCUGGCAGAAAUGGGCUAAAAUCGCUGAGCUGGAGAUUGACUCGAAGGAAGAGAAGGAGAGUCUUGUGAUUGAUACACCUCGUGUGCGCAAACAAACACGACACUACAACUCGUUUGAGGAUGAUGAGUUGAUGGAAUUCUCAGAGCUAGACAGUGACUCAGAGGAGCGUCCCUGUCGCUCACGACGCCUUGGCGAACGCAACAAGCGAUAUCUCCGAGCUGAAUGCUUCCGAGUGGAGAAGAACCUGCUCAUAUUUGGAUGGGGGCGGUGGAAGGACAUCUUGAAUCAUGGACGCUUUAAGUGGCACCUUACUGAAAGAGACAUGGAAGUCUUGUGCAGAGCACUGCUUGCCUACUGCGUUCGUCACUACAGAGGUGAUGACAAGAUCAAGAGCUUCAUCUGGGAUUUAAUCACACCUACCAAGGAUGGUCACAAUCAAGCACUCCAAAACCACUCAGGAUUAUCCGUCCCUGUACCCCGGGGACGUAAGGGUAAGAAAAUUAAAAACCAGUUAAGUCCUCCUGAGCUAAAGAAUGCUGAUUGGCUAGUCCACUGUAAUCCAGAAGUAGUACUCCAGGAUGACAGCUACAAGAAGCACCUCAAACAGCACUGUAACAAGGUGCUGCUGCGGGUACGGAUGCUGUAUUACCUUAAGGCAGAGAUACUUGGGGAGGCUGCCAGUCAGGCCUUGGAGGAAGUCUCAGCCAGCAAACUAGAUGUGUCCCUGCCUGAAAUUGACUACAUAGAAAUCCCUACUGGUUGGUGGGAUUCUGAGGCAGAUAAGUCUCUGCUCAUUGGAGUACAUAAACACGGGUAUGAGCGGUACAAUGCCAUGCGUGCAGAUCCCCAGCUCUGUUUCUUAGAGCGGGUGGGCAUGCCAGAUGCCAUCGCACUUACAGCAGAACAGGGUGGUGCUGAGGUUGCACCAGAUGUAACUGACAGUGUGAGCAAGAAUGAUGAUAUAAAAGAAGUAGUAGAUGGUAAGCCAGAGGAAAUAGAGGCCAAAGAAGAUAAAAAGGUGAUGAUCAAAUGUCAGGAAAAUACUCUCUCGGAGGACACAGUGAAACAUGACUGUUCUAUUGAAGCAACUCGUCCAGAUAUUUUAGCUGAGGAGGUAGUGGAGCAAGGUCAGGCACUAUGGCCGACAGCGUCUGCCCUUACAGCAAGAUUACGACGCCUUAUCACUGCCUAUCAACGCUACACACGACGUGAACCGUUUCGACAUGAAAUUCUCAUGCAUGAGGGCAUUGGGCCUGCUACCUGGCAAAUGGGUGAUGAGCUAAGACGCUGUAUGACGAAUUCUGAUCCACUUUUCCUUGAGUGGCAAAGAAGGUGGACACGUCGUGAGCAGGCUGAUUUCUAUCGCACUGUGUCUUCAUUUGGGGUGGUGUAUGACCCAGAGAAAAAGGUUUUUGACUGGAGCCAGUUCCGUAUAUUCGCUCGUUUGGAAAGAAAAACUGAUGAAAGUUUGGAGAGAUAUUUUUGGAGCUUUGUGUCCAUGUGUCGUACUGCCUGCAGACUGCCACCAAGGAAAGAUGAAGGUCUGGUUGACCCAAGUCUUUGUAUAGAACCAAUUACUGAAGAACGAGCCGCUCGUACAUUGUACCGCAUUGAGCUCAUGAGAAAGGUUCGUGAGCAGGUUUUGAAUCACCCACUCUUAGGGGAGCGAUUAAAACUGUGUCGACCAAGUCUUUAUUUGCCUGUGUGGUGGGAAUGUGGCAAACAUGAUCGUGAUCUUCUCACUGGUGUAGCCAAGCAUGGCCUUAGCCGCACCGACUUCUGCAUAUUGAAUGAUUCUAAUUUGUCUUUCCUGGAGGCCUACCGUAACUACAUGCAGAAAGAAAACCGUGGAAACCCAGUGUUAUGCUUGCCCCAUCAGCACUGCUAUCUAGGGCACUGCCAUUCUCCUCAGCCCUCAGAGUAUCAUCAUACCCUCUUACACUCCACACAAUUACACCAGCACAUGCAUUCACAUGUUCACCAAGCCUCGGAAGUAGUAGCAGCAGCAUCAGAAUCAGAAAGCACUUUGACUAUACCUGCAAACUCCAGGGAAAGCUUCUUGGACUGCCCCACCAUUAAUGACCCUUUGGAUCUUGGGUCUUUACAGCAUGAAGGCUUGUCUUCCGGCUCCCUCCAUAGCAAAACUAGUAAAGAGCCCUUCAAUGGAUUUCCAUUUAAUUCUGCUUCAGCUGGUCAGAGUAUGUUAAAUUCAUAUGAUGUACAAGGAGACAUUACUGGGGCACAAGGAGAUAUGACUGACUCUAUAGAUGGGAAACUACGAAAUGAUGUUCUUGUGGGAGAACAGGGGUCCUCAGAGGAGACUGGGUUAAUGGCCCCUUCAGUUGAACUAGAUGAACUUCAGACUCCAUGGGGAAGCUCAGAUCAUGCAGAAACAUCUGAUAUUUUGGGUGAUCCGAUCUUGGUAGAACCUUCACUUGAAACGGAAUUCCUGGACCCUGCUCAGUCUGAUGAUGGACAAGAAAGAGGGGAUCCACUUACAGGCUGUUUAAGCAUACCCAGUUCUGACUCACAGAGUGAUCAUGUAGAACCACUAGCACCAAGCUUCAUGUUGUUCAAGGAUUUAAAUACUGGAGAGACAUCCAUGGAACAGCCAGAUUUAUCUGCCAGUCCACCUGAAUAUGUUGCUUCACAACCUCUUGCACUUUCAGAUGUAGGCAUUGAUCAAUCAGGAUCCAUUAAUGUGGAGCUAGAAACAAAGCUGAAUGAUUCUGACAUCACACAUUGUAACACAAGUUCAGUACAUAGACCAGAUCAUGUUGUAUACGAGUUUAAGGAUGAGGAAACUUCCCAAGGAGGCAGUAGUAACAGGAAACUGACCAGGCUAAAUGAAAUUGAAAGCAAAACAAAUAAUUUGACCUCUAUCGACACUUUAAUGGAAAAUCAGUUGGAGCCCCUAAAGGUAGAGUGCAGCAUGCCAAGUGAGGAGCAGCUGAAGGAUGAUUGUCAGGUGUUCUUGGAAGAAUCUUGUGAAAAACUCCUAUUGGAGCAAGAUAAAGUGCCAUUAACAGAACCUUAUGAAAUUCCUUGCAAAGGGACCCUGGAGGAACUGCUUGAUGGAUCCCCUCAAAGUUCGAGUGUAAAAUUAUUGGUAAAAGAAGCUUCUGGAAAACCCCUUGAAAAUUCUUCAGAACUAGUAGUGAAUAGUCCAGCCAACCCCACACUCUCCCCCGACACUUUGCCUUCUUCAUUACCUUUGUUUCCCACUUUUCCCAACCCAGUACCGGACCACUCUGUGUUCCCAGAACCUGAGACUGAACAGAACAUAAAACAGGAAUUACUCUUGGAUUCAUUAGAGACACAAGUAAAACCCAAACCUGACAGCACAACACGGACCCCACACUUGGAACAGGCUGCUGACUCAGAAGUAAAGGAUGAGAUAAAAGAAGAAGAAACAAAGACAGCAGCUUUAUUGGCAGAUAGUUUUGUUGAGCCACCGCAGUUUGAUCCAUCCAUAUGUGAGGUGGUAGGCACUCUGCAAGAUCCAAAGGAGCCAACAAUUGCUAGGCUGCUACAAGAGAAAGCCCAUUACUCGUUCUCCGAGUGGCCCAAGGACAGAGUUAUCAUCAGCCGCAUUGACAGUAUUUGCCAAGCCAUCCUAAAGGGGAAGUGGCCAUCCACCAGUCAGCAGUAUGAAUCACCCAACUCAGCUGUUAACACCUGCAUGUCCAACAGUGCCCAGCUAAGGGCAGGUUAUUUAUCAGCAAGAAUGCCUCUACCUCAAGACCUUAACUUGAACAUUCCACACUCAAUACCCCAUAUACACAAGGAACGGUUAGUAACACCUGCAUUUCUUUCUGAAGUCAAGCAUUCAAAGUGUGGGUUUGAGUUUAACACAGAGGUUCCUGUCAAACCAAUUGAUGUUGGAGAAAAAAUCCAACUUGGCAUUCCACAUCAUGGGAGUACUCUCCUCCUAAACGGUUGGCAAGAAGCUGCCAUGGAUCUGUCUAAGCCAACAGAAAUUGCAUUUGGUAGAGAGGCUGAAUCUUUGAGACAUGUGUCCCAUGCUGUCCAGUCAGCAUCUCACAAAGUAGCUAACCUGAGCUCCAUGGAGGGCUUAAUGGGAUUGGACAUGGCAGGUAUUCUGCAAGCAGGACUUGUGCACCCUGUUACAGGGCAGAUUGUUAAUGGUAGCCUUCGUCGUGACGAUUCAAUAAUGAGGAGGAGGAGAGGUCGAAGGAGAAACGUGGAAACGCUUGACCUUGGAUUGAUGAAGGAACGAGAAAUAGACUUAAAUAGAUCAAAGGGCCAGCCAGAGACCAUCAACCACCCCAUUGUGUCCUCCACCUCCUCUCAGCCAGACUGCCCCACCCACUCCUCUUCUGUCCCCUCUCCAUCAGAUUCACUCACUAUGAGUGUUGACAGAGAGGCAGCUGGUAAAAGCCUGAUGGAAUGGCUCAGACAAAACCCAAGUUACAGAAUGGAGCUUCCUGCAUUUUCAACGUCUCAGACUGCAAGCAUGCUGCAGAGUUUUGCUGAACGUCCAAAGCAAAGGAGGCAUCGCUGUAAAGACCCUACAAAGCUGGAUGUCAAUUCCCUAACUGGAGAGGAGAGAGUCCCAGUAGUUCACAGGAACACAGGUCGCAGGCUUGGUGGUGCAAUGGCCCCAGCCAUUAAGGAGCUCUCUCAAUGGCUAGAUGCAAACCUAGAAUACUUUGUGGCUCCUGACUGGGCAGAUGUUGUGAAGCAUUCAGGUUUCCUUCCAGAAGGAAAGUUCACUCGGAUUCUCACUGAGCCAGUGAAUCGCGAUCCUAACACACGUCGUAGAGGCAGAAGACCCCGCAGUGAGAUGCCCAAAGCUCCUGAUCUUCCCGCUGGAAUUGGACCACUGUUUUUGAAUGAUGGGCUUAUUGGCAUGGACUUGGUUAAUUUACCCAGCCUUCGCAACGUGCCGGGCAUUCCAAUAGGUGGGCUUAUGGGCUUUCCACCCGGUUUGGCUGCAGCCCUUCCAGGAGAGGAUGCUAAGAAUGGCUUGAGUAUGUUACCUAUGAUGCUCCACAGUAUGUCAGCAGUGCAAUCACCCAUAUAUGGCGCUCAUUUAGGUGGAAUGAUUAAUCAGUCAUUAUCUGCUACAGCCUCCACAGUAACCACAUCUGCCAGCUCCUCCAGCACGGCAACAGUGACUUCCAUAUCCUCUGCCGCUGUGGCCUUAAGCCCUAGCCCUGCAGUCAGCUCCAGCACAGCAGCUUCUAAAGAGAGAGCCAGCCCUGAGCCUAAUGAUGAGAGACUGGGCACAGAUGAGAGAACACUAGGAGAGAAUGAGAAAAAAAUAUUAUCUGCUGUUCCCAGCUCCAAUGUUUCUAGCAGUACUGCUAGCAUUACAAGCAGUGGGAGCCAUUUGGCCUUCAACCCCUUUUUAAUCACAGGAAUGCCUCAUGGAUUACUGUAUCCCCACAUGUUCCUGCCACAUGGCAGCAUUAUGGCACUUCCAUCAGCAUCAGAUAGCACUGGAAUUAUUAAGCAGAAGAAAAAGAAAAUUAGGGAUGAAGGAAUUGUGGAUGAGGACAAUGGUUUAUUGGUGGUACAUGAUGGGAAGACGAAGGGAAUGAGGGAUGUAGAGACACUGGAGUGUAAGCAUAAAGAGGGCAGACUGGAGGAAUCUAUGUCAGCUGUGGACACCAGUAAAGUUACAAGUAAUGACCCUCCAUCUGUAGUCAGCACAGCCAAAGCAGUAGAGGAAACAAAAGAAGAGGUAGAGAAAACAAUAGAAGAUGACUUGGGAGAAACACAGGAUGUGUAGUGCCACUCCAGUGAUUAACAGUAUCAGUAACAGUAACGGUAUGUGUUGUGCUGGUAAACGUUUGUGUAAAGAAAUCAGUUUAUCAACUUAACAUUUAUAGAUCUGCAUAAUCAAAACAGGUGAAUUCUCUAACAUAACCCUUUUAAAAAGUUUGCUGAAAUUACCACAAAGUAAUGAGCAUGCACACAGUUGCAUUUCAGUACCACAUGAAUACCCAAUAAACAUCACUUUGAAUCUGAA